AUGGAGAACCAACAAAAAUCCAAGUUAAACAUCAAACAGCGCUUUUCCUGUGGCCUCGGGAACGUUCUCAAUGAAAUUUUCCGUCAAAUGUACAUUUCUUUUUCCAUCAUAUUUUUGAUGCAAGUGAUUGGUUUAUCCGCAUCCCAAGCCGGAUUGGCUAUGCUUAUUGGACAAAUAACUGACGCCUUUACCUCUCCAAUAACUGGUUUCUUGGGCGACCGUGUGCAAAUUCCAUUUAUUUCCAAAAAGCUGGGUCGGAGGAAGUCGUGGCACUUAGUGGGAACAGUUAUGAUGGCCGGUGGACUUCCUCUUCUGUUCAAUCGGUGUUUGGUAUGCAACGAUUAUCAGGGUGUCAGUUGGUUGCAACCUUUUUACUAUUAUUGCGUCAUGGUUAUUAUCAAUGCGGCAUGCAACAUUCUGGAGAUCAAUCAUCUUUCAAUCACCUUCACUGCAGCUGGGACAGUGCAAGAUGGCGCAGCGUUAACUGCUAUAAGGUUACAGCAAUAACACAAUGUUUUUGUUCACAAUUUCUUGAUUCUGAUUUUUUGGAUUCUGUUCUCUGACUGAAUGUGAUCUCAACAGUGGUAACGAGUGUAUAUUGAUAAUCAACGGAGCUGAAACUGAUGGGUGCACGUUUUUGUCUCUCUUUUUUUUUAUUUUUCAAACCUUUUUUUAUUUUUCGCUUUGAAUCUUAAAUGGCACCUGAUCUGACAGGCUACAAUAACGUCAGUGAGUAAGUUCGGUUCAAGAUACUUAAACACAGACGUAAUAUAUAGGAAUAUAGAUACCCUCAUCCCUAAUUUAUGCCGUAAGAGUCGACCCUUUUUUUUACUCUCUUUUUUUCUGAUAUAGGACAGUCCUUAGUUUCGUUAGUGGAAUAUACGUUUAUGUGGUUGCCUGGGGACUGCUUGGUCAGGAUGACGGAGACGAUCUGGGGCCAGAAAGUGUAACACAGUUUGCGGUAGGUACCUAAAGAAAGUGACGAUAUGGAAAUUGCAUUAAUGAACAGAGCAAUGUAAUUGAUUGGAUUAAUGAUGAUGAUGAUGAUGAUGAUGAUGAUGAUGAUGAUGAGAUUGAAUUCAUAAUACCAUAUUGCUCCGGCGCCCAACCAAACACACGUUUUUUUAUGGUGCCUGCAUGCUUUUUGACAACUAGCUAGUGGAGCAGGUGUAAUUCAUUUUUUAAAAACUUUUUCCUAGAGAGUUCUUAGGUAUGUAUCAGCAAUAAAACUUUAAAUUGAAAUAACACUUUAUUUAAGUUUAAAAAACUCGUAUUUGAAUUAUUUUCAAAUGUUUAUAUUUCUUUCCCUUUCGACGCAGCAUCUUGUAUGGAUUGUCACUGGUACAGGAAUAGUCUUUACAGUCAUUUUUUAUAUUGGAACAAAGGAACCAGCCGUACGCCCUCUAAGAAAGAUCAGCACACUCAUGGAUCCAGUGGUAUGAAGCAACAUAAGAUAUCGAUUGCGCUGUCCUCGACGACUAGCCAUCUUUCUAAGCCCCUGGCCAUGGACGAUUCGCAGCCACGAUUUUUAUCGCAAGAAAGCGUAGUAUUUGCACGUUUCGAAAAUGAAAUCAGUAUGAAUACAACAUUGUUUCAUUGCAACGCUUGCUAUUUUGCGCUGAAAAUCGCUGUUGCGAAUCCUUCCUGUUAUAAAAUCACCUUUAAUCCGGUAUUAUAUGUACUUUUCCUGCAAAUUAUGACGUUGAUGUUCUUGCAAGGUUUGCCUGAUAUGUAUGUAUCAAUACAAGAGAGAAUAAUCUCUCUUAAUUCACAUUGAUAUUCAUGAGAGCUUAAGCCAUGGUUCGCCGUUUUCGUCCGGCCGCCGAUUGCAUUCACCUCGACCCCUCAGUUGUAUCUCAUUUUAGUAGACUCCAACUAGUGGUCUAUUAUCAAUGCUGCGUUCUGAUUGGUUGAGCUUCUUCUAGACUAUAUGCUAUAGCCCACUAGUAGCGACAAGCGCCGGCUUUGAAAACCAAAACAAUGGCGGCUGAAUUGCGUUUUGCUAGCUAAAGUUGUUUUGUCUCGAUAUUUUUGACCAACCAGUUGGAUUUUACUAAAACAAUUAUUCCUCUCGCCCUCAUGGCCUCUGAGUCAAUAGCCCAUUCGGCCUUCGGCCUCAUGGGCUAUUGACUCCAUGGAUAUUAUCCAUGUGGACUCAGAGCCCAUUCGAGCUCGAGGAAUAAUUGUUUAAUACCUAGUGCUUUUGCAAUUUGUAGUAAUCAUCGCACUUUAUAUUACCUGUAACUAAGUCCGAUCACAUGUCGCAAUUCGCCACAAAGCCGUGUCGCACUUGGUAAUAAAAAAAUGUCCACUUUGACACAUCUCCCCAGGAUGCCCAUCUCUCUUUGUUACAAAAUAUCACCGUACCUUAUACACUAAUAGUUCUACCAAUCAAUCAAAUACCUACUCUUGCAUGUCGGCAAGUGCAAAUAUCUAAGUUUUUGUCACGUCGACCAUGAAUUGUCUCAAGAAGAGUUUCAUAGCGAUGCCAAUUUUAUGACAUGAAUACGGUUUUUAUCUUUGGCCAGAACGGUGAAGGAUUAUUUCAGGCUAGCCAGUCUGUUUAUUCAAUGGUCUUCGAACAAGUUGAUGGUGAGUUGAAUGAAAUGGAUUACUCUACCUUUAGUUCUAACCUUUCUGCUUUACUUUCACCUCGCAGUGAACGUUGAGACAUGAGCAACGUUAAUAUUAGUAUAUUGAGGUCAAAUUUGUCGGUAAAAGGAGACUUUGUUAAUGUAACGAUACCUAAGAUGGAGCUCAAACUCGUACAUCAGCAGGGCCAAUUUAUUAAAACUUUUACAAGUGUAAUUUACAAGUGUUGCUAUUGUUUUUAUACUCUAAAACAAUAGCUACGCUUGUAAAUCACUUUAAUUGCUUACACAGAAUGUUGAUUGUUACGCGUCACAAGUAACAACCGAGUAAGGGUCUGGGCUCUUUAGUUUCACACGUGCAGAUGCUGUGAAAGCAGCGAAAACGCUCUUCCCAUAAUUCUGCCUUCUCGAUCAAUUCCUUGCGACAAGAAGUAGACGUCAAAUGAAGUCAACCAAGAAAGAAUAGCUCCCAUUAUGGGCUCCUGAUCUGGAGGGAUCCUGAAAAGAAAAAUUAAUCAAAAAAAUAUUUCGUUAACAUCACGGGCCAACAUCGGGUAAUAUUGGAAGCUAAUAUCAAGGAAAGAGAGGAGAUGUCUUUUUACCUCUUUCAGUUAAUAGGCACUCAGUAGUUGAACACGAUAUCUUUGUCGAAAAGCUCAAUAUCUGUAAUAAGACGAAAGUGCUGCAGUUCCUUUUAAUAAGGUAUAGAGAAAAUUGAAUUUUUUAAAAAAAAUUCUUUUAAGAUGCCAAGAGGAAAACUUCGACCAUAGUCCAUUCCCUUGUUGACAUUUUUAUGUCUUCGGUGGAAAACACUGAAGUUGUCGAUAAAGCAACAACUGCUACAGCAGCGUCUAAAAAGAUAAGUGUGGUACAACGAUUUGUGGAAGCUCUCUUUUCUAACGGCGAUGGAAACAGUCAUGAAGAUUCAGAAGACAAACUUCAAUUUUCUGAAGUCACAUCGGGAGCGUCAAGUAAUCAAGAGAAACCCGGAGGCGGUAUGUACUAAAAUGAUAUUUGCGUUGUUGUUUUUACAUUAUCUAUGAGCAGGUAAAGUGUUCCUGGCUUUAAAUGUAAAUAUUCAUGAUGUUCGAUGGAUGUAUCGUCAACAUUAAGUUGAAUUGAGGUAAAUAAACGCGACAUUUCAAAAGGAACCUCGGCUUAGCGGUGAUUAAAACCGUGACAGCGGUCACACGUACGGUGAUAUUCUAUUUAACUAAUUAAAAAUAAAAUGAAAUAAAAUGCAAAUCAAGUAGUCCUAGUGAGAUUUAGAAAACAUUUGGGCAUAAUUUAUUAGGGAUGAGAAUCCUCAGGCGUCGGUUCUGGUAGUUUAAGCGAAAUGACGUCAUUGUACGAAUGUCCUAUUGUCAUUUCUCCUGUAGAUCUGAUAACCCACGUAGCAAGACUGGACCAGGAUCGCAAAAAGAGUCUCGUCUUUCGCUUAGUAGAUGCGCUUCUUAAUAAAGAGAGUCAAAGGCAACCAGAGGCGACUGGUAUUAUGGCCGAAGAAGGGCAAGUGGAUCUUGAAGAGGAAAAGAACAGGCAGAAUACGAACAUUUUUGAAGACGCGACAAAUUGUACUGAAUGGUAAGCGUUUUUCUUGAGUUGAACACCCGCUUUUUUCAAGCACCCACGUGACGGUUCCUGAGUACAAAAGCAAGACCCUAUUCUUACGCUUCAAAGUGGUCACAACUACCUGUGCGCACAAGUUUUCUGUUACUUCUUUGGCAAUCCACUGCUAUGGAUACCCGCAUUUCUCCCGGCUACGCUAACGUUUUAAAAUGACGUCUGACAGGGCAAAUUGGAGUAAAUAUGUGCACAUUAUAACACAAUUUUAUGCUGGUACCCAGGAACUAGUAUCCAGACACCAUGAGUGAUUACACAGCCUAAGGUGACGUGCAUAAAGUGGCAGUUGAUGUGAAAGGUUGAGGGCUUUCCAAUCAGUUCCCAUCCACAGCCUCAUCACCGAAUGCACCUCUUAGCUAGAGUUUUGCACAUCGCCAUCUUGCACCUGAAAGAGUCUUGUAUGAGCGAAUUUUAUUUUGUUUUAUUUUUUGUUGUUGUUGUUUUCCCUGUGAGUUAAUCUUUGCUCAUAUUACUGACAGGAACCUAACAAAAAAUACAGAAAUAAUGGAGGGAAAUGAAGAUCAUGAUAUGAAAACAAGAGAAUAUGAUUUAAAUGGUGCUGACGGAGGACAUAGCCGGCGUCGGAGAAGAGGCAUGUCUUUGGCUCCAGAAGAAGUUUGUAAGCUUGGAAUACACAACCUUGGUUACCAAAAUGAAACCUCUGGGAUGGAGAUGACAGCAAUAAACGAGGAAGAGGCCAUUGAGCCUGUCGGUGAAGGCGAUGCAAUUAUCCAUGGUUUCGAAAAACAAAUGUCACCUUUUAGAGAAACAACAACACGCAAAAAAGUGAGUUUCUCUGUUCCGGAAAGGAAGGAAAGCCGUAAUUCUGGAAUUUAUCCUCUUGAUUCAGAGAUGACAGCAUUUUCAGACAAAGAGACGCAGAGAAAACUGAGCUUAUCUGAGCUAGAAGAGAACGGAUCUGAGAAAAAAGAGACGAGAGAUGAAUCCAAUGAUAAAUCGUGUAAAUCUGCGAUUACUGGAGGAUCUGAAAAGAGGAAACCAAAGACGACGACAGAUUGGUUGAAGACUCCUAAUGUUUACAAGGUUGGCAUCUCUUAAUGUGUCCAAUGACCUUUUUGUUUUUUUUCAAUUUCACUUUAAGUCUUAUCGGUAUAUCCUCUUAUCUAAUGACUUGCCUUUAAAGCAGCUGCAAGAUUGACGUGUCGGGAUCACAUCAUUUGCAAAUUUACCGAGUUAAUUAUACCGAAAGGCUAACCUUUGCCAACACCUUAAGGUACCAAAAGUGUGUCGUUUAACAAUAUUUGGUAUCACUAAGUGUCUUGUCAGUUUAGAACCUUAUGCAGUUCACACAAACAGGUAAACAACAAAUUACAUUUUUCUGUCAAAAAUGCAAUCACAUUACAUUAAUUAAAGCGCUGCGCUGGAAUUUCUUAACUCUGGACUACAAAAAGGCUGUAAGGUAUUAGCCCUGUUUAAAACAAAAUCGUGCUAAAAAUAAAGUCAUUGACAAAUUUACCGAGUUCAUUUCAUUAAUUAGGUUGCCGUUAUCGUCACGUGUUCUCGCCUUGUGCAGGAUGCGGUUUAUGCAUAUUUGCCGUUGUACUUGACUGAAAGACUGGGCUUUGGGAAGGUAAGACGAAUAAUUUUGCACCCUUUGUUUAAUGUGUUAAAAAGAUGAUCUUCCAUAAAUGGCUCUACUGUUCGCUAUUAUACACCCCAGCCUUAAAAUCUAAACUGAUAUAGAGAGGAUGUGCGCAUGCGUUCUCCAUCACAGUUAUGAAAAACCGUCCCAUAAUCGUAUGACAAAAUUGCAGACGUUUCUGCAUUUAAAUCAAAACUUAAAACGUUUUUAUCUAGGAAAAUUUUUAUUAGCCUUUAUUUUUAACAUUAUUUUUCGAAGUACUGAUCUCAAGUGUUUUAUAUACAAAACUGUCUGUUAUAUCGCUGUCAGCUAGGACUAGAGAUCUUUUUAUUUAUUCGAUUCUUAUUCAUGUAAGGCCCAUUGAAGUCCGAAAUGCGCUUAAAGACAACGGUACCUCUAAUCAUAGAAACAUUUCCAUGUGACAGCAUCCACACCGCUCUGAUAUAUAAAGGAGAUAUUAAUUUUCUCUUCAUUUUAUUUUACUUUGAGCUUUUUGUCGAUUCUUUUGCAGCAAUCCAUUGCCUACUUUCCCCUUGUUCUUCUUGUUAGCGGAGCAAUGGGCAGCACUAUUUCAAAUAAACUUAACUCCAAACUGGGAAACAUGGUAAGCGGCUUCUCCCUCAUUUAAAUUUUUCUAUACAUGUAACAAGUCGAAUAAUUCAACUAAUAAUAAAUUAAAAAUAAGGGAUAAUAAAAUAUCUGCAACUUGCACUGCUAAGCGAGGAGAACUCCUUGCCUGACUUUGAUACCUUGUGUAUUUCAUAUCUUUCCUCAGGGAACUUACCUCAUUGGUUCACUUCUCGUGAUUGGUGCAUCUGUAUACUAUUAUUUCCAAACCACUGAGUUGAAACUGUCCACAUAUGCGCCCGUAUUCCUAACAGGCAGCGGCAUGUCCAUCAUGUACGUCAUGGCUCUGACGUUCGCUGCAGAGCUCGUCAAAGCAGACAAGGUACGCAAACAUUGUAUGGAAAGAGAAAAAUGACCGUAAUUUAAGACAAAGCUAUUUCAUUUUACAAAAUUUAACCUAAAUACUUAGGUCAAGAUAAUUGAGAUACCACCCGCCUUCCGACUGUUUAAAAAACUGAGAUACUAAAGAAAUUCUGAUUGGUCAAAAUAACUGGAAAACCAACGCGCGUUCUAAGUGGUCGAAAUAACUGACAGACGACACGCUCUCUUAUUGGUCAAAAUAACUUAAAUAUCACAUGCCUUAAUUGACUGGUCAAAAUAACUGAGACACUACAGGUGUUCCAACCUGGUUAACAAACUGAUCAAAAUGCUUAGCUCGUUCUGAUUGAAUUUAAAACAAUUGUAUAAUAUAAGAGCCUUGUAGCUGAAAUCAAACUGUAUAAAACCUUUAAAUUUUUUAGUCCUUCUAGCUAUAGUCACCCUCUUAAAAUAAAACGUCAAGACGUAAAGAAAAAAGCUAAUUAAAUUUCCGGUUCACCAGAACACGCAUCAAAGACCGUAAAAAUGGACGCAUCUCCCUUUAACUUAGACUUUAUAUUAGAGUGCCACAAUUAACUGAUAAAGAUUCCACUAUGAUUGAACUAUCAGAUCAAGAGAUCAGGCGCGGCUAUUUAUAAACACAGCCAACUCCUAAACUUUCAAUAUAUAAAGCUACCAGCAGGUUAAACGUAUAUGCGUUUUUUUUUAAAGUAUCUGAAACAGUUGUGCUGUCUUUUACAGGAAACUAGUGGUUCGGCAUUCGCCAUCAUUAUUUUUCUAGGGAGAAUAUCCAGCGGUGGUUUGCUGAUGGCUAUACAAGAGUUUUAUCCAGAAAACGGGUGAGAUUAUAAGUGGAUCUCCUACCUUAAUUUAAAAAAUCCAUAUUUUUGUGGUCGGGUGAAAAAUUUAAUUUAAUUAAGUGCCGAUUUCUAGGAACGUUUGUUCUCGGCUGGAUCUUUACUGUUUUCUCUGUCUUGAUGCAAGGAAACGCUGCAGAUUGCCAUGGUUACGGGUGGCUAGAAUAUACAUGAUUUGGGUGAUUAAAAUGUCCCGCUACCUUGAUGCGUCUUUUUCAUUUCUGAGGCAUAUACUAAAAGCCGUCCCUUUUUAUUCCUAGUUCGUCAAGCCAAACGCGCGCAAGAAAAAAUGCCUGGAGGGCGAUUUUUAGUUAUUUAUAAUUAUUUUAUUUUAUAGCUCUACGUCCAAUUUGAGUGAAAGCGACUACGUGCAGCAUGUAUUUUCUGUAGUUCCCGCUCUAUUGGCGCUUGCUGGCUCGCUGAUGGUUUUAUUCUUCCGUCCACCGUCAUGUCGUACAAAAAGAGGUUGGUACGGUUUCAAAGCUUCCCAUGCAAUUAUGUCUUAUCAUCAGCUAAGUUAAGAUGUAGCUUCUGUACAAAAAUUUUUAAUAAACACAAUCAAUAUGGCAAAAAUCAUCUCUGGACACUGAUUAUGUCAAUGCAGUUUGUAAAUGAAAUUAUGAUCGAAUUUCAUCUCCUUUGCUAGGCCGCCCUGUAUGGAUUGUUUUACAUCAGCCUUUCAGCCUAAUGCUGUCGUUUGCUUGUGCUAUAGAUAUAUAAUGUUAAGAGCCCGUUUCUUUCAAUUUAACUAGCCUGCCAAAACAGCCGUUUCAUGCUUCACGCCGCUUGGGACGUUUCGCCAGAAGAGACUCUCCUGGAGAAACGUCCCAAGCGGCGUGGAUUGGCUGUUUUCAAUUGGUAGCCGGGCUAAAAUAAAUUAACAGGCAUCAAUUUCAGUUAGUCUUGCAUUUCUUUUGCCCAAAUAUACAUUAUGGUUGUAUCUAGAGGGGGCCGAAGGGGAGGCACGCCCUUCACUCUUUUUUUCUAAAAUUACUGUUCUAUAGAAUUUUAAGAUGAAUUUUUCUUCAAAAAACUUAAUUUAUCACUAUGCACUCAGAGUUUUUUCUAAAUUUUCUGGAUCUUACAUCCCUGGCAUUGAUCGUGUACGGAAACGGAACAAGAGGAGCAGUGAGCAGUUCGUAGGGGCGUUUCCACUUAUGUCUCCAUGAAACAACCUCAGUCUUUCAUAUUCUUAAUUAAUUUAUAAUGCCUCCUGGCUAGAUUAGCUUUUAAGCCAUUUUCCAGGUGGCUUGUACCUUACAUAAGUAGUAGUGUCUGUUUUUUAAUGUCUUUUUUUUCGGUGUGUGGUAUAAAUAAAAUUGCUGUCUUGUCUUGUCUAACAAACGCGUUGUUCAUUCCAGGAACAUCUAAUUAUCUCUUCAUUGUAAACGGCGCACUACUUGUUUUAUUUGUUUUUUUGUUUGUUUUUCUUGUAGAAUAUUCACUUGAUGAAAACGCUCAAGUUCGUGAUCAAUCAGAAGCAAGUCACGUUCAAUCAUUCAACGUUGUCUUAGAACCUGAGAGAGAUUAGAAGGACGCCGAGUUCCUUUUGGUACAUCUGGACAAAACUGAAGAGAAUCCUAUCCAGCUACCAUUGGCACACUGAAAUAACAGCCAUUCAAUUUUGGCUUCUUCGCUGGACGACAAUUUUUUUUUUUUACCUAACCAAGGUUCAGUAGAGGACGCGGCUUACUCGAUCGUCUUGCUAGUUUUUCUUAAAAAGAUGAACUGACUCGGAACCAAUUGCAAGGAUGCUCGAUCGAAAAAGAAAAUCGUUAUAUGAUCAUACUACUGUUUAACAACGCAGCAAUUAGCGUAGCAUAGUUCAUAAUAGCUUGAAAUUUAAUAAAUUUGUGAAACAACA